UAUUAUUUUGGGGGACGAUAUGAUCUGGUGAAGUUUGUGAAGAUCGUCGAGCAGGCUGGGAUGUACUUGAUUCUUCGAAUUGGCCCAUUUGUUGCCGCAGAAUGGUACUUUGGAGGAGUACCCGUUUGGCUGCAUUAUGUGCCUGGCACUGUAUUUCGAACUGAAAAUGAGCCCUUUAAGUUUCAGUAUCAUAUGCAGAAGUUCACAGCAUUCAUAGUUAACCUUAUGAAACAGGAGAAGCUUUUUGCAUCACAAGGAGGUCCCAUUAUCUUGGCACAGGCAAGUAUCUUUGAUUUCGGAAGCACUUAG